CUUGUUGUACUGUGUGGUAGAACUGGGGCUACACGUGGAAUUAAGUGUUUGUUUUUCCUGUCGCAAAUCUGUUUAAGAUUUAAUUUAGGAUGACUUAAAUGUCUUUCAACAAUCAAGAUAAAAUUAUGCAGCCAGGUAAGCUUCACAUAAAGCUCAUGUACCAGUCCAGAGGAACCCAGGACUCUAAUGAAGUUUGGCCUGUAUUUGGUGCUUGUGGGUCAUGUGAACUUUCUGUUGGGGGCCCUGGUACAUGGCACAGUGUUAAGGCAUGUUAGCCUUAACACUCAGACUCUGAAGUAUGCCGUCUCAAAUAUACUAGCUCUGACAGCUGGCUUAGUGGGAAUAAUUGUUGGUGUACUGACGAUAAUCCUCUCGAAAAAUAAGCAGAAUCGAUUACUGGUAUGGUGUGUGUGCAUGCUGGGUGCAGUAGGUGGCGCACUGGCUGCUUCCUCUAUCGUUGGACUGCUGCUCUCUCUUGUGUGGGCAUUUAUAUAUGGAACCAAGGGUCUUCUGCUUCACUGCAAUUUAUCUGAUGGCAUGAGCUACUUCAGCAUCACCACUGAGUGCCACUUUGAUCCAACACGCAUUUUUAGUACCACUUUGAUCCUGUGGUUUCCAUUGAUUGUAAUGAGUGUGUUGGAGCUGGUGUUCUCAGGCAGCUGCUGUGCAAUGUCCAUCUCUUUCAUCCGCCACAAAUCAGAAAUGCACUGUGAAACCAGAUCGGCAAAGAACCUUGCAGCAGCUGAACCACUAGUCCUUUCCUUCCAUGCCCCACCCCGUCAUUGCCAUAGUAACAGUAAGUUUGUGCAACACCCAGAAGAGCUUGAGCUGCUGCGUGCAUCACGCCCAUACAGCUCGAGCCGUUCUGCCCAAAACAGACCUACAUCACCCCGGUUCGACAGAGGCUCACUGAACAGGGCUAGCUUUUGGAUCUGAUUAUGAGCCUGCUGUUACUCUGGGUGAACUCCCACCCUGCUGAACUGAAGGUCAGUUAUCCUAUAAAGAGUUUACACUGAAGAAAAUGUGCAGUUCGUGUUGGCUGGUAUAUAUCUGCACUGGCAAAUGUGCUUUUGUUUUGAAAUACCAUGUGUGAAAUUUAGUAUUUAAUAAAAUUUAAUAAAUGAUACACAAAAUUA